AAAAGCAAAAAGAAAUACAUUCAUAUUCAUUUUGUACAUGAAAAAAAAUAUUCUUUUCUCUUUUCUGUUACUUUCACACUUUCUAGAUUCAUCAUCGUCACAUCUUCUAAACCUUUUACCCCGUCACCCCAACAAAAAAAAAAUAAAGAACAGCCAUUCAAAUAUUGAUUCAUAAUUCAGCCAACCUUGUACUAUAUACUGAUAGUAAACAAAGUAGCAAUUGAAAAGUCCAAAUUUGUUCAUUUUAGCCGUGCAUGGCAUAAUUGCUACACCACUGUUGUAGUACCACCAACACCAGAAACAAGUUGCAGAAGAAUAAGAAGAAGAAAAUUCAAUUUUUUUCGUUCUGUUUUCCAUUUUAUGUGAGAAAAAGAAGAAACAAAUCCAAAAAUCUUAGAGAAAAACAACAACAGCCUCGGGGUUUGUAGAGAAUAGAGUGUACGCACACCUUACUGCUACGUUGAAUACAGUAUCAGAAAUGCUGCUAAUGAAAAAAUGCUCAAAAUUUGUUUCUUCAGAUCUUGAUUGGAAACUUUUACUCUUAAUUAUCCCUUCACUUUAUCUCCUUUUUUACAUUUCUCCUUUUUCCACUUUUACCCCUCUCAUUUCCGUUUUCCACAACAAUGCCCCUGCCUCUGCUAACCCUCCUCAUCCGCCUCCUAAGUCUGUAAAUCAAACCGGUUCGGAUGAACCGUUAUUCACGCCGGUUAUUUUGACUAAGGCGGAAUUGAACCGGUCUAGAAUUGCUGUAUGUAUAGUUGGUGGAGCUCGAAGAUUUGAACUUACUGGACCGUCAAUUAUACAGAAAAUUCUGAAAGAGUUUCCGAAUUCUGAUCUUUAUCUUCAUAGUCCAUUGGAUUCUAAUGCUUAUAAGUUUUCUUUGUUAAAAUCUGCUCCUCGAAUAUCUGCUAUUAAGAUAUUUAAGCCUAAAAAUAUUGAAAUUACUGAGUUUCAGGUUCGAGUUCUUAGUGCCAGUGGAUCACCUAAUGGUAUUCAGGGCCUGCUGCAAUAUUUCAACCUGGUUGAGGGCUGCUUGACAAUGAUUCAAGCCCAUCAACACAAGAACAACUUCACUUAUGAUUGGAUAAUCCGUACCCGAGUUGAUGGCUACUGGAACGCCCCACUAUCACCAGAAGACUUCAUUCCCGGCGCCUACCUAGUCCCAUCUGGUUCAUCCUACAGUGGCUUAAAUGAUCGCUUUGGCAUUGGUGACUACAACACGUCUGUAGUUGCUCUUUCUCGGCUCUCCUUGAUUACUAAGCUGGAUUUAGCUGGAUAUCAUCGCCUCAACUCCGAGGGCGCAUUCCAGGCCCAACUAAAUAUCAGCAGAGUUCCCUACAUUGCUAAGCGCCUCCCAUUUUGCAUUGUAUCAGAUCGUAGCUAUGAUUUUCCACCACCCCAUUUUGGUGUUCCUGUAGCAGCACUUUCUAGUCCAGGGCCACUAAGCGGUGCUAAAUGCCGGCCUUGCACACCUUCGUGCACUGACCAAUGCGUUGAGCUCAUGAUGAACAGACUGUACAAAGGAUGGAGCUGGACCGAUUGGGCCAAUAACACCCUUCAAAUCUGUGAUGCUCAUGCUGAGUGGGAGAGUGGAUGGCAGAAAAUAUUCGACCAAGUGGCAGGUAAUAAACUCGCUGCAGCGAGACAACGAGUUGAAGAUCUAAAAAUGGAACAGUGUGUGAAAGAUUUCACAGCAAUGAUGAAGAAGGCUGCUUAUUGGGAGGCUCCUCCAGUGUCUCAAAUUUGUCACAUGGGUUUGUCAAUUGCUGCAACGCCUGCCUAACGUCAAAGAAAAUCGUCAAAUCCAUUAUAGUAUAGGGAAACGAUGUAUAGCUUUCUAGCCUACCACGCAGUUUUUUCUACAUUGCAGAGGUUUUAUAUUCAUUUUUCCUUCCUCGUGAAACAAAAAGAAUCGUAGAAAUUACCUCAGAUGUUUCUGUAGACGAUGCAGGUUUACUUAUUAUGCAUAUCUCAUGGACACUGACAAGUAAUAUUGCCUAGCUUUAUGGAGAAAGUAAUUCUGAGAAAUGCAGAAAAGCUCCUUUUUUUUUUGUA